GUAGUUCUGACUAGAGAAAGCCAUGGCGGCUGGUAGGACACUCUAAACAAGAACAUUAACAUUCACACAAUACUAAAAACGGUUACAUAAAAAAAUGCCCAUUUUUAAACCAUUAAAACAAUCAUUCACGUAAUAGCAGUCCAUGUGAGGCAAACCUAUUCUACUUGUUUGGCCGAACCCGACCUGUAAGGGGCAGCUCUGUGACCGGCCAGGUGCCAUCGAGGAUGGCGGCGCUGGGCACGGUGUUAGUGCGUCUCGGCUCCAGGUGCCAGGCUGAGUGGCAGAGCUGGGAGCGAGGGGAAUGCCUAAGGCCGGCCAGGUGCCGAGUGUUGGCAGAGCUGGGCACGGCGAAAAUGCGUCUCGUUCCAGGUGACAGUCUGGGUGCCACUCUGGAGACGAGGAGGGAGUGCGUCUCGUUCCAGGUGACA